GCAGCAGCAGCAGCAGCAGCAGCAGAUGCAGCAGCUGGCAGCAGCAGCUUCAGAAGUAGCAGCAGCGCAGCAGCAGCAGCAGCAGCAACAGCAGCAGCACAGCAGCACAGCUACAGCGCAGCAGCAGCAGCGCAGCUGCAACAGCUGCAGCUGAACAGCAGAAACAGCAGACAGCAGCAACAGCAGCACCAGCAGCAACAGCAGCUGCAACAGCAUCAGCAACAGCAGCUGCAACAGCAGCAGCAGCAACAGCAGCAGCAACAGCAGCUGCAGCAGCAGCAACAGCAACAACAGAUCUGCAGCAAGCAGCAACUGCAGAAGCAGCAGCAGCAAAGACAGCAGCUAGCAGCAUCAGGCAGCAGCAGCAGCAGCAACAGCGUAGCAGCAGGCAGUAAGCAGCAGCAGCAGCAACAGCAGCAGGAGCAGCAGCAGCAGCAGCAGCACGAGCUGCAGCAGCAGCAGCAGCAGCAGCAGCAGCAGCAGCAACAGGCAGAGCAGCAGCAGCAACAGCAGGGCAGCAGCAUAGCAGAUCAGGAGCAAGCAGCAGAAGCAAGUAGCGCUGCUGCUGCAGCAACAAGCAGCAGCAGCAGCAGCAGCAGCAGCGCAGCAGCAGCAGCAGCAGCAGGCAGCAUCAACAAGCAGCGCAAGCAGCAGCAGCAGCAGCAGCAACAGCUGCAGCAUGCAACAGCAGCAGCAAGCGGCAGCAGCAGCAGCAACAACAGCAGCAACAGCAGCAGCAGCAGCAGCAGCAGUAGCUGCAGCAAACAGCAGCAUCAGCAAGCAGCAGCAACAGCGCAGCAGCAGCAG